UGGCCCAAUUGUCUAAAUUCCCAAAAAUUAAAUAUAAUCCCUUAAAAGUCGUGAAGCGCCGUUCAGGAGCAGAGACCGAGAAGCAGAGCCGAGCAACUGAAGCCAGAAGGCGUGAAGCGCCGAUCAGGAGCACCGAGCAGACGAGCACCGCCGUCGCCCGUCCGCCGCGUCGCCUCCAGUCCGCCACAGGCCCACAGCGUCAAUCGUUCAAACCUUCAAAUUUCAGGCUCUGAUCAAUCCAGUCCUAUUCCACCUGGCGAUCCAAUCCUUUAGCAGGCAAACCAUGGCGGAACCAAAGCCUGUAAUAGGGCUAACGUGGGAGCCGAAGCUGCCCGGACUCCCAGUCCCUGCCGACAAGCAUAAGCUCCACCAUUCCAAGCCCCCUGAAACUACUAGCUCUGCCCUUUACAUGCCCCGUUCGGAGCUGGUCGAUGGUCUCUUCGUGCCACCUAUAGAUCCCAAAAAGCUUAGGAUUUUACGCCGCAAAGAGGUCAAAGACACUACUGGGAAGAACUGGUUUGACAUGCCUGCUCCAACUAUUACUCCGGAGCUAAAACAUGAUCUUGAGAUAUUGAAGAUGAGAGAUGCUUUAGAUCCAAAGAAGCACUAUAAAAAAGGCGCUUCAAAAUCUAAAGCACUUCCCAAGUAUUUCCAGGUGGGUGUUGUGAUAGAGCCAGCAUCGGAAUUCUAUUCCAGUAGACUUACCAAGAAGGAGAGGAAGGCAACCCUUGCAGAUGAACUGGUUUCUGAUGCCCACCUUGCGGAAUAUAGGAAGCGAAAGGUUAGGGAGAUUGAAGCACAAAGGCGGCCACAUGUUGUGGCUAAGUGGAAGCACAAAGCCAAUCAGUCGGGGAGGCGUACAAAGCCAAAGCGGCAUUGAUCAGACCAAACCUUUCCUGCUCUGAUGAGCUUAAACUUCAUGGCUUUGAUUUGAACUGGACAAGUUAUAUAGAACUUGUUUUGCCUAUGGCUUCUGUUAUGAUGUGCCCUAACUUCACAUCAAACAGGUGAAUUUUUUGACUCUAAAAAAACACUUAGGAGUUUGUUUUAGUUGUACUGUUGUUUUAACUCCAUAUAUUAGACACUUGAUAUGUUUUCCUCUGUAAUAAAUUUCUCCUGUCCCAAAAAAGUGCGCUUUAUUUUUUUUUAGAUGUUUGUGCCAAUUUGUUGUGCCUGUUUCGUCUUAUAAAAGCAUUACCCCUGU